AUGGACAUUGACGACAUUCUCGCCUCGGUCGAUCGCGGCCCAGGCGCCAGCCGAGAGUCAGCAGCGCUGGACCACCAGCUCCUGACGCGCUUCUGGGUCGCCGAACGCGCCGUCUCGGAGGUUCUACCCUGGCCCGCACCACUGAUGGAGCGCAUGAUGGACCGGGUGCGGAUGCAGAUCGAAACAAUCGAAGAUCUCGCCGCCUCAUCAGGCGACACAGACCUCCAAAAAACAACCAACACCCAUAACCCGAACCUCAACCUCCGCCUCUCAAUCCUCCAAACCGACCUCGCGCGCACACAAUACAUAAUCCGCAGUCUGCUGCGCGCACGACUAGCCAAGAUAACGAAAUAUAGCAUGCAUUAUCUCGUCCACCUAGCCUCGCGCAACAAAAACCCCCUCUCCCAAACCCAAUCUACAAAUAUCUCGUCCCAAAACCCCAACCAGCAACCGGAAGACUCGGUCCCUGAUAUAUCCUCGUCAGACGAUCUAACGCCGCUUUCAGAGCCAGAGGCUGCAUUCUUGCAUUCGCAUCAGACUCUGUUGGCGGGCCACUAUGCGGGGUCUUUUAUGGGGGCUUUCCCGCGGCAGUUGAGGCGGUUGGAUGAUAAUGCCGGCGGAACGAGUAUGAUCCAGGGACCGGAGUUGCGGGAGGUUGUUUUUGUGCGGUGUUUGGGGGUUGAGGUUCCUGUUGUUGUUGGGGGUGAGGAGGAUGGCGGUGACUUUGGGGUUACGAUGCGCAUGGGGGAUGUUUGGGUUGUUAGGUGGGAAGGGGUUAAGGCUGCUUGGGGGAAAGGAGAGGUUGAAUUGUUGUGA